AUAUUAUAUAUAGUUAAAGAGUGAAUAGUUCUUCCUCUAUGGCGAUGUAUCAUAAAGCGCGAAUAUGUUAUUGGAUCAAUGAUAGGGAUUAACGCUAUAGUGGCUGUUCAGCUGGUCAAGUUACGGGGAUAGUGUCAACUAAUGGACGAGGUGAUGGCUAAGGCGACACUCUUAAUGUAUGCUAUCCAUCGAAAUAUUCCAUCAAAUUAGCUUGCUGAUGAGCUUUGGAUAUGCAUUCGAUCUAACCAUGACAACCUUAAAAAACAGCUGUAAAAUGGCCCACGUUUCAGGUGUUGACUAAACGCCAUUUUGAUGGUCUGUUGAAUAUUGUGAGAAAAACAAUUUUAACGACAUAUUCGAUAUCCUGUUAUAAAUCUAUGUUUUGAAUAUUACAAAGCAUUAUGGAUCCAUGUAUAACAGUAGAAUUAAACAUUUUUAAUGCAUGUGAGUUAAUAAAGUGUCAGAACUCAUAUCUGUGGAGUUUAUAUUUUCUAGAAAUUAAUGGAAUAAGUAUCAUAUCUGUUAUGCGUUGGCUUCUUUAAAAGCAAAAAAAAUGUUACGAUAUACCAAAAAUAUGUCCGAGGCAGGCGGGAGAAAAGUUUUAAUUGUAAUCGUUCUGGUGAUUCUAUGCGUUGCUUUAAUUGGGGGUAUCACCGCUUGGGCCCUGUCUGUUCAAUCUAUCGGAGAAUCCGAUCCCGUUAAACCACAAAAAAUAGGAGAUGCAGACGUGGACUUCAUAGGAACUCCCACUCUAAAAAUUGGUCAGUAUACCCAAGGAAGAAUCGGGAUAGGCAUCACUAAUUCCCAGUCCUACACAUCAUGCAGCAGCGAUAACAAUAUCUGUGUUACAUGGACUGGAGAUCGUAAACUAGAAAUGACAACUUUACAAGAAGAUGGAAUUAGUUGCUAUAAUGUUAUUUGGACUGCCUUGUCAUCUGUCUCACAGGAACUCAAAGAUUGCUUCAACAUGGACGGCCAUUGGUACGGUGGAUUUCAGGAUUUCAAUCAAAACUGGCCAAUGAAUAGUAUCCAGCAGAAAAUGGACGCGUACGUUGCCCAAGAUUCUUAUGCGAAGAUGUACGGGGGUGUUUUAGAACGUUAUUUCGUGACAUCAUUUGGCGUUGGACUGUACAUAGAUCCAGAAGUCCCCCUUCAUUUAUCUUUAAACGAAAACAACAGCUCUCAAAUUUGUCUCUUGGCAAAAUAUGGAAAAUAUCCAUAUAUCAAUAACGAUAACAGUUUGCCAUUUCUAAACUAUUCAUUGUGCUAUGCAAAUAAUAUUAAACAAAUCCAUGAUUAUAUGUCGAAGAAGUAUAUACCAAACCCAACAGAUACCCCAGAUGUAAAUCUGUUUAAAUCACCAAUAUGGUCUACUUGGGCAAUGUACAAAAAGGACAUUGAUCAAAAUCAGCUGGAGGAAUUUGCUAGUGAUAUAUCAUCCAACGGAUUUAGUCAUUCUCAGAUAGAAUUAGACGAUGACUGGACUUUUCAGUAUGGAGAUAUGGAUUUUAAUACGACAAAGUUCCCCGGUGCAGCUGGAAUGGUUCGGAGAUUAAGGGAUCGAGGCUUUCGUGUUACCAUCUGGCUUCAUCCUUUCUUUAACAUUGAUUCGAACUCAUUUCUAGAAGGUGCUCAAAAUGGAUAUCUAGUGCGUCAACUUGACAGCAAACAACCAGCUUUGGUAAGUUGGUGGCGAGGAGACCUUGCAGGAAUUCUCGAUGUCACCAAUCCGAUGGCCGUAGAAUGGUACUUGAACAAAACUCAAAGACUCAAAGACAUGUAUAACAUAAGUUCCUUUAAAUUUGAUGCUGGGGAGGUCAAUUGGUUACCAAAUGUCUAUAGUGUCAACACAACGUAUCGGAAUCCUGACGUUUAUACACAAAAAUGGGCUGAACUCGCCUUCAAAGCGGAUACAGAUCUACGAAUCCAGGAAGUUCGAGUUGGAGCAAGAACGCAGCAUCUACCCAUUUUCGUUCGAAUGUUGGACCGUGAUUCUUCUUGGACUCAAGAUAAUGGUUUGCGAACACUCAUACCAUGCGCACUCACGUUUGGAAUAAUCGGUUAUCCUUUCGUUCUUCCAGACAUGAUUGGUGGGAAUGCUUACGAUAACUCUUCGGGUUUAGAAGCUCGGAAUUAUCCAGAUGCCGAGUUAUUUAUACGAUGGCUGCAAGUCAAUGCGUUUAUGCCAUCUAUGCAAUUCUCGGUUCCACCAUGGAUUUACAAUAAUAACACGCUGACAACAAUAUCAAGAAAUUUUGUUGAACUCCACGAAUCUUAUAUCUCGACGUUUCUGAAUUUGGCGCGGGAAUCCGUUGUUAACGGAAACCCUAUCGUAAGACCUCUAUGGUGGAUUGCGCCACAAGACUCCAACACGUUCACUAUCGAUGAUCAGUUUUUAUUAGGUAAUGACAUUCUUGUGGCACCCGUAGUUGACAAGGGUGCGACUUCCAGGAACAUUUAUCUACCUUCUGGUAACUGGUUGGACAAACUUCGAAACGUCAAUAUUCAAGGCGGGCGAUGGUUGACAAAUUAUACUGCCGAAAUUCAUGAAUUACCAUAUUUCACAAAAAUAAAGUGAAGACAAUGCAUUACUUUUAGUACCCUUUUAACACCCCUUUGCUUCCCGUCAUAAGUGUUUGGUGAGCUUGACUUGGGUCUUAAAAAACAAUUGUGCGUGUCAUGUAUAUAUGUACACGCAAAUUUUGUCGUAACUAAUCCGUAUACAAUUGGUAUUUCUGAAUUUGUUAUUGUUGUAUAUGGUUAGAUCAUUUUAGAAUCAUUGUAAGAUAAUUAGGAAUUAAUAAUGCUGUUAUCCUGCGAUCAACAAUCGAGGUGGUGGACCGUUUGCAGCAUAGCGGAUUAUGAUCAGUUGAUUAUAGCUGUUUAUAAAGACGUUUAUAUACUUGUGUUUAUGGAAACUUUUACCACCCUUUGUUGUUUGUAAUUAUCGAAAUAAUAUCUGCUAAAUUCAUCUG